AACCUUCUCCUCUCCACCUUCACUGACCGAUUCACCUAAAUCCUUCAUCUUCCACCUCCAAUCUCUCCUUUACCAGAUCUAUACUUCGACCUUCUAUUCCCUUCACCGGGACUAACAUCAACCACAACCAAGCUCUUCGGCUUCACCCACCACGGCCCCUCAUCUCGGUGCGCCCUAGAAAUGUUCGCUUCCUUCGUCUUCCUUCUUUGAAAUUAGCACCACAAAGAGUUCAGGUUCUCUUAUUGUUAUGCAAAGAUUUAGUGUGUGCUGGUAUUCAAGUGAAGGGCUCAAGGGUGUCAUGAAUCCAGAGUAAAGUUUUGUGAAGAAGAAAAUGAGGAUAAUAGGGCUUACUGGAGGGAUUGCAUCAGGGAAGAGUACAGUCUCCAAUCUCUUCAAGGCUAAUGGCAUCCCAGUUGUUGAUGCCGACCUUAUUGCUCGUGAUUCUUUGAGGAAAGGUACUGUUGGUUGGAAAAAGGUGGUUGCAGCUUUUGGAGAGGAAAUUUUACAGCCCAGUGGAGAAGUUGAUAGGGUGAAAUUGGGUCAAAUUGUGUUUUCUGAUCCUGGGAAGCGCCAGCUGCUUAACCGGCUAUUGGCUCCUCAUAUAUCUUCUGGCAUCUUUCUGGAGAUUUUCAAGCUGUGGGUAAAGGGGUCCAAGGUGAUUGUCCUUGAUGUACCGUUAUUAUUUGAAGCGAAGAUGGAUAAAUGGACCAAACCCGUUAUUGUUGUAUGGGUUGACCCUGAAACACAACUUGAGCGACUCAUGGCAAGAGACAAAUCUAAUAAGGAGGACGCCAGCAACCGGAUAAAUGCUCAGAUGUCACUGGAUCUAAAAAGAAACAAGGCAGAUAUAGUCAUUGAUAACAGUGGAUCGAUUGAGGACUUGAAUGAAGAAUUUAAAAGGGUAUUAUUGCAGGUCACAAGACCAUUGAACUGGACUGAGUUCUGGCUCACAAGACAAGGUGCUAUAUCAGCACUUACUUCUGUUAUUGUGGUUGUCCUUGCAUGCAAAAAAAUAUAUAAUAGCUUGUAGCUACAUAAUUUCCAACUCUUGUAUGCUUCAUUCCUUCAGGUUGUACGUUGUCCAUAUUUAUGCAACAAAAAGUAGUUCAGUAUUUUCAA